AUGGAGCGCAGCUUACCAGCAUUGCCGCAGGUACCAGACGAAGGCAAUUUCACAUUUGGCAUCGACGAGUCAAUGGCAGCUGGCGCCGACGAUGGCGGCUACGACGUCGAUGGCCUUGCAGCUGGACCAUGUGAUUUUAUUUUCGAGGAGCACGCUGGCCAGGCGAACGAGGGUGGCGCUGGCGACGGGGGCGACGGCGAACAUGAAGCUGAUGGAGAUUUUCCUAGACCACCAGACCCGUACGACGUGAACUGCUGCACCAGCAUUUACGUGCCUGGCAUGCUGCACAUCGUUAGCAACAUCACGAGAGAUCUGUCUGCUCAUUUGGAGUGGUACUCGCAGUUUCUUGCAUAUCUUACUCAUGUUUGUCGCAUGUUGAGCAGAUCGUGGACGCGCGAGCGUUUCAAAGAAACUUGCCUGAGAGUGCCUCAUGCUUUUCAGCAUUUUGGCUUCUUCGAUGGAUUCAACACUCACGUUCAAGAAGGGCGCUGGGGCACCGUCGUACAUGCAGUGGGCGACCUUUUGCCCGGCGAGCAGAUCCUGCGCCAAUUCUGGUCGCUGGCUGCUUACAACCAAGCUGGCGGGCUGCGCGAGGAUGGCAACGAUGGCGAGGGCGAGGGCCACGGUGUGAGAAUGCAUGUCGUGGAUGAGGGGAUCAACAGUCCACUAUGUUGGGUCUACUGUUUCAUGAUCGAUACUGUUGGGGAGCUCCUUGAACAUUUAUCGAAUUUAUCCGAGACCUGCCCGUGCCAUCGUGGCGCGUUGCGACUGCGAGGGCUGGCGCGGCACGCGCGACGGCAGCAACUCCAACAAGACACAUCGCAAACAACGUGCCCCCUUGCAGGAAUGAUGGCUCCAGAAUUCGCUGCUGGAGAACACAUCAGAAUUACCCGUGGCUUGGCCCAGACGUCUCAAGGUCCCGAGGUGCCAUCGCCUUGCAUGCAGGCUUUCUGGCAUUAUGCGCCAAUGAUCGCGCGACUGUACUGA